UCGGGCGGCCGGAGGGGCGCUGGGCAGGGGUACCGCUCAGGUUAGCAGGUCUGCGAGAAAAUAGGAGUGGCACCUCUGGGAUGGCGCUAUUCCUGCUAAUUGUGUUUUACUCGUAUAAGCUGCGUGGGCUUCGUGUUAAAUAUUGUGCUGCAUGUUAAAUAUUGUCAGGAUGUUAAUGAUUCCUUAGCGUCCGAUUUUGUUUUAAAGUAUUUUAGGUGACAGGUUAGGGUGUCGUAAGGUAAUUGAUUAGAUACGGAAAGGGCCGUAUAAAUACUUAGAAAAAUCAAUUUCCUAUUCAAAUAAAUUACAGGUUUGUCUUUGUGUUUUUCUCUGAGGCUAUGAAAAGGUUACUGUAGUACGCUAGCAACAGCCUCAGUUUCCGCUGCAGUGUUUUGGGGGGUUUGUUCAAAUGGGAGUGGAAUAGAAAGUAGACUGAAAGGAGUUAAUUCUCCUCUGUGUAUGGCAUUGAUCAAGUUAAUACUGUGUGUGGUUUUAGGGUUCAUGUGUUUUAAAGUUGGAUAAUGUUAAGAGCGUUGCAACAAAAAUUGCUCAAGGGCUGGAGAAGGCGCCUUACAAUGAGAGACCAUGAGAGAGCUCUUAAAGAGCUCAAGCUGUGUAUUCUAUAUAAAAAGACGGUUGAGAGGUUAUGUGCUGAAUUACAGCAUAUAACAAAACGCAGAUGUUAGUAGGGUGUGAGCCUAACAGAGGAAGGCUUAGGAAGAGUCAGUGACGAAGUGGCUUCCGUUCCCAGCUGGAACUAGGGAACAUACUUUCUUUAGAGGUGAAUGUAAGGAAUGGAACGAACUGCCCAUGGGAAACGGCAGACUUUCAUAUCCUGGUGUUUUCCAAUCAAGACCAGGUGCCUUCUAGGAGGAGAUGCUUUAGCCAAAUGAAAACGUUCAGUACCAUGUAACCGGGGUAAAAUCAAGGUGGAAUGUAGUACGGGCAGCAUGAAGGAGCUGGUUGUCUAUUCUGAUCCUAAUCAACGUGAAUCUAUUCUAAAAUAUAUAUACUGAAUCUAUUCUAAAAUAACACGAUGUUUUAGGACCCUGAAGCAUAAAAAGUGAUUGGGCUUCAUAGGCUUUCCUCAACAGAGCUGGGAACUGAUCACAGAUCUGUAGCGUCCCAGGUCAGUAUCUUGAAUGUAAGAGCGUUUUUUUUGCUUGCCUACCCCGUAUGUUUCCCGUACUUACUGUUUUAAUGUUACACUUGGUUUCUUCUUCUACGUUUAAAUAACACCUUGCUUUGAAGUAAAUAGCAGGGUUAUCAGAACAUGUGAUCACAGAAGAAAAACAUGCAGGUAACAAAGGACGGUUGACCCUUCAGUUAUCACAGUUAGUAAGCAGUAGUGCAAGGGCAGGUGUAUGCCUAAUGUUAUAAACGUGGCAGAAGGGCUUUAAGGAAAUAAUCGUUUGGUAAUGGGGCAGAACAUCGGGCUCCUUGUGGUCUAUCAGUUGGCACAGUUAAAAUAUAAAAUAGGUCCAGGCUGAUUCCAAAUGGCCGUGGUGGGGAGCAGCAAGCCUCAGGGGGUCAGCCGGUGCGUAAUGCCGUUGCUCUGUACACAGUCGUCUGGUGAGAAAUACAUUUCUGAUACUGGAGAGGCUCCUGGCUGUGGAGGAGAGUGGGGAAGAGCAGUGGUAAUGGUGCUGCACUGCCAAACUACUAUUGUUUACGUACAGACAGUUCUGUGAAGAGAAAUUUAGGCUUGCUUUUAGAUGAUUUAUUGCAGCAAUAGAAAUGCAGUUGUAGCUAUGGUGGUGCAAGGAUGUAAGUGAAGGAAGAUUUGUGAGGACAGGGUAAUACCUGUUGGUUUAAUAGAAGAUGCGGAUGCAAAGACCAAGCUUUUGGGCACACCAGCCCUUCUUCAGGUCUGACCUUCAUGUCUUUUUCCAUGGAUUUCAACAGUAGUGUCCCAGAGGUUUUAACCUGCUGCACCUCAAAUCUUGAUGUGAUGGUAACAGAUAGCUUUAGAUGGCUCUUUAGCUCAAAGAACAGUGGAUAGAAGUGAUUCUUAAGUACUUUUUCUGGCUAUCUUAACAAGAAAGUAUUUAAGUAUUUGCUUUGCUUAUAUGAGAACUAAAAAACUAAUACGAGCAAAUGCUCAAAGUUUGUUUAAAUAACAUGAUUUUGGGAGCUUAAGUGAUGGCCAGCUUUCAAUUGUGUAGCAGGUGGAAGGCCCUAGACAAUUUUAGGAAUAGAGUCUCCAGACUGAGUGAUAAAGAGCUGGGAAAGGUGAAGAAGAGCCCACAGAUUGGUUUCAAGCUUUUUUUGAAAACAUUACUGAAAAAAAAUCCUUCCUGAAAGUGGAAAAGGUUUUUUAUACCAAUUCUGAUGAUAAACAUUCUUUCUGAAGCGUACAGAUGUUAGGCUGUGACAAAUUACAUAAAGCGAUAACACAAGCCAAGCAGUUCUUUUGUUUUGUUACCUUUUGCCUCUGUAAAUGUUGUAUGGCUCUUCUAGAGACUGAAUAGAGAGGCUUAGUUUACAGCAUAGUUUCAGUAUAAGAACAGUAGAGCUUUAGGCAGUAGAGGUUUACAUUUGGUGUAUAUAUAUAUAUUUUUUGGCAGCUGAAUUUUAAUGUCAAAUGACAUUAUGAUAUGAGGCAAUUGAGUACACUUUAAACAGUUUUCAGGUGUGAACCUUUGCACUUACUACUCCAUAGCGUUUAGCUUAAAACAGUUUUAAUUGUUUUCCUAAAGGGCUUUGGAGACCAUGGCAAUCACUGUGUUGUGUGGUAACUCUGAAACUGCAGAGCUUUGUGGUUCUCACCAUCUGUACCUUGAGCCAGUAGCCAAACUGACUGUCAGUGUGGUGUUUCCAGGUUGUCCAGAAUCUCUCGGAGGGGAGCGACGGGCAUGCUGAAGAACAUGGUUUGUCCGGAUUUCAUUCGCUUUGAGGGAGAGGCAGAAACUAACAGUUUGAUCCCCACACUAAAGGAAAAACUGCCUGGAAAGCUGAUAAAACUAAAUAGUUUUACAGAUGGCCUGAAAGUGAUGGCUACUGAAGCACAUGCUGACCCUUAACCUGAGCAAAAGUGGGCAUCUUUCUUGAGUGAAAGAGAAGUGAUGGAUAAAGACAGUACUGAACAAAGUGGUGGUGUUCCUGAUUGCCUUCAUUUUGAAGGGCUGCCGGGCAAAUGGUUUGCGUUAAAGGGAUCCAAUAAUGAAAAGCCAAGGGAAGAUGCUUUAAGGUGGUAUUUGAAAACUUUGGAAAGAUUAAGAACAUAGAUAUUCCUAUGCUCAAGCCUUACAGAGAAGAAAGAAUGGGAGGAAGUGUAAAUAAUUUCACUUGUGGAGGUCUACAGACUUUUAAGGCCUUUGUACAGUGCCAAGAGUAUGCAGCUUUUGUGAAAGCUAUGUACUCACUUAGGGGAACAAAGCUGAUAUUUAAAGGGGAUGAUGCAAAAAUGGACUUGUAACACAAAGGUAGGAAGCAUCAGAACUGUUAUCUUUGGAUGCUGCUGACUUUCUUUUUUCCAAGUGUAUCACGAUGACAACUGUAUCAGUCUUUGGCUAGUAACAGCUGAGUAAGUUCUAGCCAAAAAGUCUCUGAAUCGAUCAGUCUUGGAGAAUGCUGUGAAUGCCCUGCGUGUUCAAAACCUGCUUCACCGAGUGAUGAAAGAUUUUGUUUAUCGAAACCAGGCAAUCCACUAGCUAGGGUAGGAUAGCUAAGCAAUGGAUAUUUGCUUUGGGAAUUUAUGGUUGGAGAGUGUCCUUUAGGAUAGGAUGUGGGUGCGCUGCUUCAGAAACUGUCCGCCCUUCGGUGCUCUGCUUAGUAAACAAAGCUGUGGCCUGUCUGUGCGCCACAGUCAUGGUGAGGGACCACACAUUUCCCAGCCUUACAGGUUAUGAAACACCAAUUUGGUCUAUUUAUUUAUGUAAAGACUUCAGUUUGUGUGUACUAAUAUUUGGUUGUGUAUUUUUUUUUUAAUCCCUCUCUGCAAACUUUGAAGUUUUCGAUCUAAUCUGAAGAUGGCAUUUCACUUUUUGAUUUCCUGAAAAAUUGGCGUGGAUAAGUUAAAGCUGUAAAUAUUUUUGGUUUGAUGGGCACUGAAAUUGAGAGAGAGGCUCCGGAGCUGGAGAGACUCUUUGAAAGCUACUUGGUUUCUCAUUGUUCCACAUGAAGUAUCAGUAACACCUCAUUUUAAUCACCUCAUUUUAGGUGAUUGGAUCUCAGCUAAUAAGGGGUAUCUUUUGUCUUCUCAGCACCCUGUUUGCUUAAAUGGAUUCAUCCCUCAACAUACUUAAGCGCUAUGCUUGGUAUGACAUUAUUUAAAAAAAAAAAAAGCCUUGUAAUUUGCAAGAUUCAUUUCAGUGGUGUAAUCGUUAAUCUCAGCGAGUACUUAUCAGGAUGUGCCCUGUUCCAGUAUUUUGUCCAGUGGAUAAUUUCUAAACUGUGACCCUGAAAUAUAUCUCUAUGCUGGAAAUAACGCUUCACAUUAUUUAUUUUUCCAGGGUAGAUGCACCAAGAUGCAAUUUACUUGAAUGCUUUUUUUUUUUUUUUUAAUGUGCUUACAUCUGGGCAUUUGAAAUGGAUUAUGUUGAUGUGUGCUGCAUUUAUCAAUCAGUUUUAUUAGGCAAGCAAAUAUUUGAUCCAAGAGAUGUUGCUCUGAAAGUAAGUCAACUCUAGUUUUGGCAGAAGAACUGCAUAAAUUCACCGUCCAGGAACUCUCUUCUGAAAAUACUGAACUUUGAGUCCCCAGAAGAGCAUGCCAGAAACAGGUUGUAGCCAAAGGCAUGGCGUCAGCUUGCGAGCCCCGAUGUCACAGCAGAAGGUGACAUUUGUGAGUGGAGUGUUUGAGCUUGAUUGGCAACUCUUGGCGUGAGCUUCAGAAGACAUGUUUUAAUGUGCCGGGGCGCCAGUCAGCACCAGGAAAUUCCUGUGGGUGUAGCAGUAUGUGUUAGUCAUCUGAGGGCUCUCUCAUUUGUGUGGGUUGUCUGUGCUUGUAUAAGUACAUGCCAAACUGGACUGGUAAGUUUGAUUCUGUUUCUUCUGUGACAGGUGACUUUUGAUAGAAGCAGACAUUUUAGCGAAGGAGCCAUAAGAGAGAAGUCUGGAAAGACUAAAUCUGAAAGAACAAGAGCACGAACAAAAAAGGGGAAAAGAAAGAGAGGUGGGUGAAAGAUUUCUUGUUAGCAGCAUAUGGAUUCUUGGUGACUCGUUGCUUACUAUUAGCACUUCAAAGACCUACGUCUGAUCCCCCAAGACUCAAAAUGUAAAACAAGCAUCAUCUAAAUUGUCCCGUAUUGAUAAUUACCUAGAAAAAGACGUGGUGAUGAAAAAAAGGUUCAAGAGAGAAAAGAGAAAGCUAAGCUCCAGAGGAGAGAAGAGAGACAGAUAGAUCGAAAUGAAAAACAUCCCCCAAAGCAGCAGAAGGUACCAGCUGAAGAAGAGCAGUGGCCAGAGAAUAUGCCCGAACGGGAAGAAAGGAAAUCCUUGCUAGCUCAGAGAAGAGUGGAGUCUGUCAGACUGCUUACAGUGCUGUUAAACCGAGUGAAAGAUUUUGCGCAGUUGGCAAGUCAAAAAGUGGAUCCUUCGUUGGGCCUAAGGAAGGACGAUUCUUUUCCUGAAACAGCAUUAAAAGACAUACAUCAGGAAGAGAUAAACUCCCAUUGCCAUACGCACAAAGAGUUGAAACAUAAGGAAGAGUUUACGUGUCACUUAACCCAAAAAGGUAGCGCCUUAUGUAGUGAGGAAGGGGAUGUGACUAACGUGUGUGCGUCCACCUGUCAUAUAGUCAGGACAAUUUUAAAUGACCCCACUAGAGCCCUGAGUUCUGACAGAUUGACGGGCAGAGAUGCGUACAACUCCUUUGGCUGUGGAUCUUUACUGAUUACAGUUACGCAAGACUGCAAGGUCAUCGAAUCUCUCGAUAGAAGGGACUACCCAACAUUGAAUGUAGUUCACACGCAGACACUGUCUGAUGAAGACGGCUGCAAAAAGCAAAAGGUUUAUGAGACUGAUGAAUUUAUCCAUUAUUUAUUAAACUACUAUCAGACACCAAGCUAUGCACGUGUUUGCUUAGAGCCAAAAAGCACUGCGAGCAAGUCCUGGUGGAAGAGAGUGGUGUCUGAUGAUGAUAGUGGUUUUCAGAUCAGCUUGAGUAACAAACGUGGUCAGCACUUCAGAGAAGUGAGUCUUGUGCAAAACCUCAACAAGAGAAAUUGUAGUAGAGAUGAUAAUUAUAGACUGGUGAUCACGGUUGGGGAAUUGGAAUCCACAGACACAGUGUUGAAAAACAAGACCUGUGCAAGUAGGCUUGCAAAAAAAUUUCAAGUACAGAGGAAUGACUCACUCACUGUUGAUAACUUACCACAUGCUGGACUGAAUCAUUUUUUGGAUGGCACUACUCUUAGUCAUGGUAAGGAAGUCAAACUAGAAGACAGUAGAGAUGAAGUUACUGUACCCUACAAAAUGUGUAGAUCUGCUUACAAAUUAAAGGAUUUGUUGGAAGAGAUCAGUGACCCAGAGUACUUUGGUGAGGCACGUAGUGGCUCAAUGAAGAGAACAGAGAGAAAGUGUGAAGAAAUUCACAGCAAUUGUAAUAAAGGGUGCUUGCUCCCAGGAGAGGGGGAGAGAAAAUUACUGGUUUAUGUUAAAAAUGUAGCCCUGGAAGGUCAAGAGAAGGAAUGCAGCAAAUGUAGCUUCUGUUCUAAUUCUGCCCGUGAGGGAUUGGCAAGGCAGUGUGAACACAAGCUUAAAAAAUCAUGCAAGCGAUCUAGUAGUAAAUUAAGACAUGAAGGACAGAAAAGUGAGAGACAAUCGAGGGAAGAGGAGAGAAAUGCUCGCAAAAAGAAGAAAAAGAGAAAAAAGCUUUCUUCUAAUCUUUUAUCUGAUGAAUAUGGCUUUUCAGAGACAGACAGUUGCAUGCAGCUGGAGUCACUCAGAAAGAUUCAAAGAAAAUGUAACAAAAUGUUGCACAGCAAAAUGAAAUUCAAAACACUUCACCCGGUGACAGCAGCACCAGAAGAUGUUACCCCUAGUGAUGCCUCACCACUUCAGGGGACCCUCCAGAGGGCAGGAGAUGAGAGGAAAUUAAUGUUGAGAAGAGAGAUGGACGCUGAUGUCAGAGGAUGCCCUCUAUUUCCUCUUGAGAUAAUUCAGACCAACCCCUGCUCAGAUACUUUCUGUGGAGCAGAACCCCGAAGAGGAUGCUGAACAGCUACUCUGUAAUAGCCCUUAAGCUUACUCAUAGAAGUGGGAGGAAGUAAGUCCUUUAGUCGUUAAAAGUUAUCUGAAAUAUUGGGGCUUUUUUUGCUUAGAUAAUUCCUUCUGUAUGGAGGAGUAGAAUAACUUGACUGGUGCAGUGAGCCACAAUAUCAGAAUCUUCAUCUGCCUUCUGGACAACAAAGGACCAAAAAGUUCCCCAGGGCCAGCCAAACUUUCGUGGACCAGUUGCUAAGAAUUUGAAAAGUAACAGUUUGAUACCUUGGAGUUGUGCCCAGAUUAAAUCCAGGGAACAAUGUAAAUAUCAGAGUUACAGUUUUCAGUAGUAAUGAGUCAUUGGAAAAAAACACAGAUACGUAAAUCCUUGAGCAAGCAUACAAAGUGCCUCCUCAAUCAGAUUGUUAGAAUAGUGGAACUGUAAAACGUGGGGGACGUUUAUACUCACUUGUUGGGGAAUAAUGGAUUUCCAGAUACUAAAAACAAGCAAAAAAAUCUCCUGUAAAGCCCACACUGGAAGAAUAUUUGUGUUCUAUUUACAGUUCUAGAGUUGCUUCCAAAAACCUGCAGGUCUUUGGAGGGUUGACUUCACUAAACUUGUGCUGGACUUAGUGCUUCUGGGAAUCUGAAUGAGGACAGUCUAAGCAAAGCUCUGAAUGUUGGACAGUGAAAGGGGAAUGCUUGUCAGCAUGUUGACAGCCCACGCAUAUUUGCAGGUUGAAAAUUUGUUCACAAGAUCUCAAAAAUGUGCCAUCUUGAAGGCACAUGCAAUGAGACAGCUAUUUAGUAUGAGUUAGCUUACAAAUAAUUUCCAGAGGAAAUGUCAAAUUGUUGUUAAAUUUCUGCUGCAUGGAGGUAAAAAUGUGAAAAUGCAGUCUAGGAGCUUGAGUUUAAAUCCAUAUUUAUUCAGCUGGCUAUGUUUAGAGGACAGCCACAAUUGCUUUUGGACAAAGACCCUUAGGAAGAUAUAGAUGGACCAGUUCUGAGUUGAAUACACUGAUUAUUUCAGCUUUCAUUUUAGUAUGCUUUAUUUAUUACAUGUCAAUAUACUAAAUUAACGUGAUGAUAUUGCCUUCAUUAUACAGCAUCUUGCCCAUGUUUGUAACUUCUGCUCUAAUAAAUAGUAAUAAAAAAAAAGUUUGUAAUUGUU